ACCAACUUUCCGGUGCGCUUCCGAUUCAUUAAUCGUGAGCGUGUCUCGAUCGAAAGAUCACCGAGGCUAAACUUCUGCUUUAUCAGGAAAGACAUUUGCCGCCUCAAUUCGACCGAUUACUUAUUCAAAACGAUCUGUGACAAGCAAAUCAACACGCGAUGUCGGCCAGGUGUUACUUCGGAGUCUUCCUGUUCGUCUUCCUGACGAUAGGAAUCAUUUGGGCCGAAUCGGACCCCCUUCCAUCCGAUUGGGAAGAAGACAUCCCCCAGCCGAGGUGCGGAUUGUGUCGUUGUGAAGAAAGUAAUUUCAUCCAGUGCAACGAACAAGACACACUGGAAGACAUUUCUCACAUUCGAGUUCCAGUUGACUAUAACAGAAACAGCUUCCUAUUCAUAUACAUUCAAAAUCAGACAAAUCUGACGUCUCUCGAGAAAUCUUCUUUGAAACCCUUCAGUCAACUCAUAGAAUUAACGAUCAUCGAUUGUGGUCUUCGUUUCAUAAGUUCAGACGCUUUUGAAGGCAACCCAUUACUGAAGAAAUUAAAUUUUCAAAACAAUCAGCUCACCGUGGUACCGUGGACAUUGUUCGUUUCCUUGAACAAUCCUGAAAUAAAUUUGAUCAAAAACCCAUUGAGUUGCGUCUGCGAAAAUAAGUGGAUCUUGGAAACCGCCCGUAAUUCCGCCGAAUCUAAAACAACCCCAUACGUGGCGGGAUGGCCCCGAAUCAAAUCAUUUUCUCUUCAAAGUUUUAUUUGUAUUGAUUCCGGUGGCAGCAGUCAUUCGCUACUAGAAUACACUUUCGACGAAUGCGAUGUACCGGAAAUCUUUAUGAACAAAAGCGAUAUUCAACUCAACGAAAAAGAAUCACUCGCCAUCGUAUGUGCAGCUGCAGGAAAACCUUCUCCCAAGGUUGCAUGGAACACUAGCCGACUCGUUUCCAAGGUUAAUCUCGUCGGCUCUGGAUUGCAACAGGCGUUGACUAUGGAAAACGUACGAGGUGACGAUAUGGGUAGUAUUACCUGCUCGGCGGAAAAUGCAGUUGGAAAAGUAUCGCGUAACUUCUCUCUAAUCGUGAAUUCGGCACCAAUUAUUGUCAAGUUUGAGAUCCGCCAAGGUUUCUACUGGUGUAUCGAUUACGAAAUUAAAGGAUAUCCAACACCCAAUCGAACGUGGUUCUUCAACGGAGCGAAGCUCCUUUACUCGAACGAUAUUACAGACGUGUUCCACAUUCCGAGCGAAAGGCUAAAAGGUUCUCUGGAAUUUACAAGCACUAGUCUCAAUCGACAAGGGCACUACACUUUAUCCGUUUCCAAUGUUUACGGAACAGCCAAUCAAACUCUGAAAGUCAACUUUCAUCAACAGUUUGCCGACUUUCACCCGGGAAUCCCCGGAUUAGUCCCUCCAAUGCAGCUACCCCCUCACUUGCCUCUACCAUCGUCAAUCGAUCGUUCACAUUCAAACGCCAAGCCCAAAGAAUCGCCACCGUCUUCAGCGGGAGAAAUUGAAGAAAAUCAUUUUCUUUCGGUUCAGAUUGCCAUGGCAACCAUCGCUUUGGUGGUAGGCCUGACCGUGACUGGAUUCCUAAUCGUCUGGGCUAAAGUUCGUCCGUGCAAGAAAAUGACGUCCGACAAUCAAAGCAGUCGCUACAGUAAAAUGUUCUGCCUGCUUCACUUUUUCCACGGGCCUCGUAACGCAACAGAAGAAAACAGUCCAAUGUCUGCGACGGUUUUCAGAAGAGACACGAUCCCCAUUCACGCGACCAUGGCCGAAAAUCCUCACUACGAAGCCCAUCACUUCCCGUCCAAUAGCGAUUCAAAAGAGGAUCGGGACCAAGUCUCCAUGCCCUUGCUCGUCUUGGACAGGAAACCGGAAUACAAAGUCAUUUCGUCGUCCUGUUUGCAUUCGCUCAAAGACUUGGGAGAAGGUGUUUUCGGGAAAGUUCACUUGUCGACUUACUCUUCGUCGCAAGACCAGGAAGCCGCAAAGUUUCUCGUCGCUGUGAAAAUUCUCAAAUUUUGCGGCGAAGAAUCCGCCAAGGAUUUCGACCGUGAAGCGUCGCUAUUGACCCAGCUGACUCACAAAAACAUUGUCCAAUUUCACGGAGCCUGCGUCGACGAAAAACCCUGGAAAAUGGUCUUCGAGUACAUGGAAAACGGAGAUUUGAACCAGUUUUUGAGGGUCCGGGGACCCGACGCCCACCUCCUGGAAGCCCGUCACGACCCAACUUGUAUAAAUAUUUCUGGUCGCCAUACCGAAGACGGCGGCCCCAUGGAUCCACCGCAGAAGCUUAGCUUGCUUAUUUUGCUCCAAAUGGCCAGAGAUAUUUCACAAGGGAUGGAAUAUCUCGCGUCGAUGCACUACGUCCACAGAGAUUUGGCGACGCGCAAUUGCUUAGUUGGUAAGAAUUUAGUGGUCAAAAUAGGCGACUUUGGUAUGUCCAGGGAUAUUUACAGCUCCGACUACUAUCGGGUUGGUGGACACACUUUACUUCCAGUCCGGUGGAUGCCUCCAGAGAGUGUUAUGUACCGCAAAUUCACGUCCGAGUCGGACGUCUGGUCAUUUGGAGUGGUGCUUUGGGAAAUCUUCUCCUUUGGCAAACAGCCCUGGUACGGCUAUUCCAAUCAAGAGGUCAUACAACUAGUCACAGGAGGCCAAGUACUUCCAUGUCCUCUUGCCACUCCUCCCGAUGCGUAUCAAUUGAUGUUGAAUUGCUGGCAAACACAACCCAAUCAGCGGAUCACCAUGAAAGCGGUCAAUGAACGUUUAGUCGAGUUGUGUUCACCUUGUGUCAAAAAUUCUACCCUCUAUUUGAACGUAAUAGAGUAGUAGUCGGAGAGUCCAUCAAACAUUUUUAAUUAGCCAAAGACCACAAUUUAAAGUUCAUACUCCUCUCAAGUCUCAGUCAAUCCCGAAUCUAACCCUACUUCAUAUAAACGGUAUUAUUUUUAAAAGUUGUAUUUUAUUGUCCUCUAUUUAUUUGUGAAUAUGAAUACAAGUAA